CCAAACACUCACCUGCUCAUCAACAACAACAUAUCACCGACACAACACCAUCACACCUCGUGCUUCUCGACCGAAACGUGCUUCAUCGCGCGCUGAAUCUGGUCAUCGAAACGCGGAUAUCACGCCGCUUGCAUCUGGCGGUGGUCUUGAUAACGCCCCGAUAGCUGCAACCCAUCGUCUCUCUGCGCCAACCCAGACCAUUACUUACCACCGCCUUCCUUCAAAAUGCCCAGCGCGCGUGGAUCGAACUGGGAGUCAUACAAAAAGGAGUUCGCUGACGACGAGAAGGAGGAGAAGAAGAUUACGCCACUGUCUGAUGAGGACAUUCAAGUACUCAAAACCUACAACUCGGCUCCGUACGCAACCGCUUUAAAGCAGCUCGAGAAGUUCAUCAAGGACAAACAGACGUCCGUCAACGAGAAGAUCGGCGUCAAGGAAUCCGACACAGGUCUUGCACCACCGCAUCUAUGGGAUAUCGCCGCAGACCGACAGCGCAUGAGCGAGGAGCAGCCGCUGCAAGUGGCACGAUGUACCAAGAUCAUUCCGGAUGAGAAGGACAGCGAGAAGAGCAAAUAUGUCAUCAACGUUAAGCAAAUCGCCAAGUUCGUCGUCAACUUGGGCGAGCGAGUGAGUCCCACGGAUAUCGAGGAAGGCAUGCGAGUGGGCGUGGACCGCAACAAGUAUCAGAUCAUGCUGCCUCUCCCGCCCAAGAUCGAUCCGAGUGUUACUAUGAUGACUGUCGAGGACAAGCCAGACGUGACAUACGGCGAUGUCGGAGGCUGCAAGGAGCAGAUCGAGAAGCUGAGAGAAGUGGUCGAGAUGCCUUUACUCUCACCCGAGCGUUUCGUCAAUCUCGGAAUCGACCCACCGAAGGGCGCACUGCUAUACGGACCUCCAGGAACUGGUAAGACGCUUUGCGCAAGAGCUGUCGCAAACAGGACAGAUGCCACCUUCAUCCGUGUUAUCGGUUCCGAGCUGGUGCAGAAGUACGUCGGUGAGGGUGCCCGUAUGGUCCGAGAGCUGUUCGAGAUGGCGAGGACAAAGAAGGCUUGCAUCAUCUUCUUCGAUGAAAUUGAUGCCGUUGGUGGAGCACGUUUCGAUGAUGGUGCCGGUGGUGACAACGAGGUGCAGCGAACUAUGCUGGAACUGAUCACACAGCUGGACGGCUUCGACAGCAGAGGGAACAUCAAAGUCAUGUUCGCGACCAACAGACCAAGCACACUCGACCCCGCCCUCAUGAGACCAGGACGAAUAGACCGAAAGAUUGAGUUCUCUCUACCAGAUAUGGAGGGCAGAGCCAACAUCCUCCGCAUUCAUGCCAAGUCCAUGUCGGUGGAGCGCGAUAUUCGUUGGGAGCUCAUCUCGCGUCUAUGCCCCAACUCAACCGGUGCUGAGUUGCGCUCGGUAGCAACAGAAGCUGGCAUGUUCGCCAUCCGCGCUCGGAGAAAGGUUGCCAGCGAGAAGGACUUCUUGAGUGCAGUGGAGAAGGUCAUCAGAGGAGGAUUGAAGUUCAACUCAACUGCCGCUUACGCGCAGUACAACUAAGAGGACUGCGUCGCACAUUCGUGCAUUCAUUUACGGCAUGGGGUUCUGUCUAGAUUAGAAGAAGCUCCAACUGGGAGCUAUGUAUCAUAGGUUGACUCUGAUGGCAUCAGAUCCUCGGAGAGUAUGCACCCAAUUUCAUGACACU